AUGGACACCGCCGCCACCUCAUGGCGCCUCCUCUCCCCGGCCUCCUCCUCCCUGCCUCCCUGCCCGCAGAAGCUACCCAAGCGGCAAGCGACCUUCGCGGCCUCGCCACUACAGGCGCAGCAGUCGGCCAGCUCCAGCGCCAAGUUCAGGCUCCUCUGCCUCCUCCAUGACAAGUCAGCGGCGCCGACGACGUCGGUGCAGCAGAGCUCGUCGCAGCUGCAGAGGCUGGCGGCGGUGUUGCAGUGCGGCGCCGUCUGGGCAGCUGUUGAGGCGCCGGCGGCGCUGGCGACGGUGACCGGGGAGGAGGACCUCGACCUCCUAGGGAUCCUGCCGCCGAUCGCGGCGUUCGCCGUCUUCUACUUAUUCGUCGCCCCUCCGCUGCUCAUGAACUGGAUGAGGCUGAGGUGGUACAAGCGCGAAUUCGUGGAGACGUACCUGCAGUUCAUGUUCACCUACCUCUUCUUCCCAGGGAUGUGUCCAAUGUCAGGAUCAGUAGAAAGCAAACACCCUGGAUCCAGCCACAGGCAUCUAAAAAGUGUUGAUUUUGGAUUACUGCAGAAUGGCACUAACUAUUCUAGUGCUACUAGUCCUGUAGAUUGUAGAUGCUCUGAAUCCAAGUGA